GAUUCAUCUCUACGUAGUAGCAUUGCAUGUUUUGUUUACAUGUCGAUUGUCGGCGCUCUUCGCUGAAUACAAUUUGAUGUUUGUGUCAAGUUGAAACUAUUUCUUAAUUAUUUUAUAGUUUUUAGUGUUUAAUAAAUAAAACAAUGGCUGUUCGGAGUUAUAUGCCAAAUUAUUUUUCAAUAACUGAUAUUUUAGCUACUGAGGAACGAUUAAAAUGUACGCUACAAAUAGAUUUGCCUGGACUCGGAUUUUUGGAUCCUUCAAGUGAAACACAGGACUUGAAAGCCGGAUCAAAAUUAGAAUUACCAUUUUGGCUUGUGAGGCCUUUAAAUAAAAAUAUUUUGAGAAACUCCAGAAAUCCAAAAGUGGUGGUAGUUGAGGACAUUCCAAAAAUUUAUAAAGAAGCCUACAGGGAUAUCUUAGAAGCAGGCGCGACUGCUUUUCAAUUGUCAAAUUGGAGUCAAUAUUUCUAUGAAUUUGGAAUGCAUUUGAGAGUAUUAGAUCAUAGAGAUUGCGAACGAAUAACGGGAGUUUUGAACAAAACCUUCGUUGAGCGAUUUAGAUUAAUCGCGGAUUUAGUUGAGAAUUCAAAUUCAUCUGAAUCAGCAAUUGAGUCACAACUACCGACAAUGGAACGCGAAUUGUACAGAUCCGGUAAGAAAGCAAGUUUACAAUUAAAAAAUUGGAUGGAGAAGGGAGUUGGCAAAAUCGAAACAUCCGAGGUUGUGUCUAAUAUGAAAAAACGAAAACGCUCCCAAUUCGAGAACAAUUAGUUUGAAACGUCAAAAGGAGAAA